AUGCUUCCUCCAUUUGAUUACUUCACGUAUCGCAAGAUCCGCAACCAAAAGCAAGCUGAGCGAGCAGCUCGCUUUGCCUCGUUGCCGUAUCCCUACCACGAGAGAAUCACCCAAGACGAGAGGAAAUUAAUCGAUCAGCCUAUUGGAGAGCUGGUCCAAGAUAUUCAGAGCUCAAAGACCUCUGCCCAGACCGUUCUGAGGACCUACGGCAAGGUUGCAGUCAAGGCUCAGGAGCGAAGCAACUGUAUCACGGAGCUAUUGCUGCCGGAGGCCGAGUCAUGGCUUGUGUCGGACGUCAAUCUGAAGGGACCACUGGCUGGUAUCCCGGUAUCACUCAAGGACUCGGUUCACGUGAAAGGCUUCGACACUACUCUGGGCUAUUCAGCAUUGGCCAAUCAACCAUCCAAGGAAGAUGGGCCCAUGAUAGGUGCGGUACCGUACGCGAAAACUGCUCUUCCAAUCACCCUCCUGUCCUUUGAAUCUGCUAAUGGUCUCUGGGGCCAUUGUCGCAACCCGCAUGUUCCUGACUAUAGCCCUGGUGGUUCGACUGGCGGUGAGGCCGCUCUUCUUGCCCAGGGUGGACGUAUCGGCAUUGGCUCCGAUGUUGCUGGCUCUGUUCGCGUGCCGGCUGCUUGGAGUGGCAUUUACUCACUUCGCUGCAGUACUGGUCGCUGGCCCAAGGUUGGAGUGAACACAAGUAUGCCUGGCCAAGAGGGCGUCCCGAGUGUCUUCAGUCCCAUGGCUCGCACGCUGAACGAUUUGACAUACUUCACCAAGGCUAUUGUUGGCAUGAAGCCAUGGGAAUAUGAUUACACUGUACACCCCAUCUCAUGGCGUGAGGAUCUUAAGGAGGAGGCCCAGAGCAAGUACCUGCGCAUUGGUCUGAUGAGCAGCGAUGGUGUCGUUCCCCCAACACCCGCCAUUGAACGCGCUCUUUCCACCACCGUCGCGGCUCUCACUGCAGCCGGCCAUUCCAUUACCGAGAUCAGCCCUCCACCCGACGCAGACCCUUUCAAUGGCCUCAACCUCGGCUCGCAGCUCCUCAACUCAGACGGCUGCCAUCACUUCAACGCCAAACUUCGCUCAUUCGAACCAUCCGAUCCAGGCGCCAGCCAACUCUCCACCAUCGCCCACCUCCCCAGACCCCUAAGAUACCUCUACUACCUCUACGUCCGCUACAUCAAGCGCGACAGCAUUCUCGCAACUCUCAUCAAGGACUUUGGUCCCAAGUCUUCCGCCGAACUCUGGACCCUCGUCGCCCAGCGCGAGGCCUUCCGCGCCACAUGGCACAAGUGGUGGGACGCAGCACCCCAGCAGUACGACUUUAUUCUCUGCCCCGUCAAUGCCACCCCUGCACUGCCGCACAAGGCAAUGCAUGACGCGGUCUCGUCCUGCGGAUACACUUUCUUGUGGAACUUGCUCGAUUAUUCGGCGGGCGUGCUGCCCGUCGGCCACGUGGAUGCCACCCGUGACGCACUCGUCACCUCGUACAAGACGGCGCUGAAGCGUCUGGGAUGUAACCACAGCGUUGCGCGCGGCGCGUGGAAACAUUACGACGCGGUGAAGAUGGCGGGGUUGCCGACGGCUGUGCAAGUCGUUGGGCGCAGGUGGCAGGAGGAGCAAGUUCUGGGUUACAUGGCUGUUGUGCAACGGGCAUUGGAGGACUAUGAGGAUCCGUUGACGGGAUUGAGUUGCAAGUAUGAUCUUUUGGAGAUUGAUUGA